GGAAAACACAUUUCAAGUUGAGACUGAGGUCUGCGACAGGAAUGAGCUGCAGCUCGGUUCUUGUACUUUGACAGCUGGGUCGUCUUUUCCCCCCUCGUAUAGAAACUGGACACACUGUUGCUUUGUUUUUUUUCUUUUCUAGUGUUAGUAGACUACGCAACUCCCCCCUCAUAGCUUCUCUUCCACCUUUUUUCUCCUGUUUGAGCUGAAGAUGACCUGGACGAUGAACAGCUGUUUUGUCACUGUGGCCAUACUGUUUCUUUGGCGAGUGGAAGAAAUGGCAGAAGCCUGCAGCUGCUCUCCUGCGCAUCCUCAGCAGGCGUUUUGCAACUCAGAUGUCGUUAUCAGGGCAAGAGUGGUUGGAGUCCAGGAGGUUGAUGCUGGCAAUGAUAUCUAUGGACAUCCCAUCAAACGGAUCAAGUAUGACAUCAAACAGAUCAAGAUGUUUAAAGGUCCCACCCAUGACAUUGAUGCCGUCUACACUGCUCCGUCCUCUGCAGUGUGUGGAGUGACUCUGGAUUAUAAUGGAAGGAAAGAGUAUCUUAUCGCAGGUAAGAUUGAGGCCGAUGGGACGAUGCACAUCACUCUGUGCGACUUCAUUGAGCAGUGGGAAGUCCUGAGUGCCACCCAGAAGAAGAGCCUGACUCUGCGCUACGAGAAUGGCUGUGACUGCAAGAUCACCCGCUGCACUUCCGUCCCCUGCAUGAUCAACAGCCCCACAGAGUGCCUUUGGACAGACUGGGUGAUGGAGAAGACGGUCAACGGAGAGCAAGCCAAACAUUACGCUUGUAUCAAGAGGAGCGACGACUCGUGUGCCUGGUACAGGGGCAGUGCACCACCCAAAAAGGAUUUCCUGGACAUCGAAGACCCAUAACUUCCCCGCUGUUGACGUUUUGUAGAAAUGGCUCCAGUUGAAAUAAAAAUGAGAAAUUCUUAUACAUUUUUUUUUUUUUUUUUUUUUUUUUUACUUAUUCAGAAAGUUGUCGAGUGGGCACUCCAGUGUGAGGAAAUAAUAGUUUAUUAUUGCAGGUCUUAUGUUUUCUAUUAAGAGUCUUAUGAACUCAGCACUUUCCACAACUUAUACCCCCUAAAUCUGAAGCACUCCCUCUUAAACCACUUCUCCUUCAGUUGAAAUAAACAGUACUUCUCUUCUUGUGCUAAUGAUUUGUGAUAAUUCAUGCUUUUUUCCCUUUUUUUCCUGAUGUCUUAAUGUAUGAUUUGUGGCAUUUGUUGGUCAAAGUACCACAUAGAUGCAGUACAAAAGCCCCCCCUUUUUUAAACUGCAGAGCUGUGUUCACGAAACCCAGUUUAAGGGGGCGGAGUGUGCCACUCAACUCAAAAUCAGAGAGGUGCCCCUCUUUUAAAACCAGUGUUACAGAUUUGUGCAACCUACUGCAGAUGUUCAGCAAAUGCAAAAUCGUGUGAAAGUGGGUGGAGAUAAAGACUUCCGAGCCAUUGGCUCAAAGUGUAAAACUUUCUGAUCUUCGCCACCCAAAAUCAAAAUUAAAAAAAUGUUUUUUUAACGGAGUUAUUGAGUUGGUUCUAACUUAUAACACCUAAAUAAACAUUACCAAGAUCAGAACAAGUUUUUAUGUGUGUCCUCUUUGAGUAAAGGUGUUGCUUAAAGAGAAAUGUCUGUUCAAACUUUGGCUCUAGUAGUCCUAAAUAACCAAAAUUGCACUUUGAACACAAAUGCCGCAAGUUUCUAAUGGGGAAAAUGUAUGAAUUAAAGGAUACUGAAUCCUUGCCCCUCUCUCUCUCUCUCUCUCUCUCUUUCUCUCUCUCUCUCUCUCUCUCUUUCUGUGUGUCUCUCUCUCUCGCUGUCCUUUUAACAGCACAAUUACGCUCUUUGUAAUGCUUCAGAAUGUAUGUAAGUAUUUUAUUUAAGGAGGUUAUGUGAUCAAUAAUUCUUGAAAAAAGCCCACAUGUUGACACCAAAUAUUAGUAAGAAUUAGUAUUGUCACAGUAUUUGAGGAAAUAUACUUUUUUGAUGUGCAGUAAAGGAUAAUUUUGAGGCCUGUUUUUUUGUCUGACAGGCUCAGUGUUUAGUUGAAUGAUGUAAAAACAUAUUGUGAGCAAUUAUUUUUCUUUAACUGAAUAACUGUCAAGCAAAUAUCAUGUGAAUUCCACUAUGAGCGCUGAAAAAGACUCAUCAUUUGAAAUUAAUCAAGUAUGAUGCCUGGUGCUGGUUUCACGUGGGACUUUUUGAGAUGAUUUCUGCAUGCAUAUCCAUCUAAAACGUUUCUGUACAUUUGACUAUUAAAUGCCAAACUCUUGUUUUGA